UACAGGGAGUGACUUCCUACUGGACUGAGUUCUCUGUAUCUACAGGGAGUGGCUUCCUACUGGACUGAGUUCUCUGUAUCUACAGGGAGUGGCUUCCUACUGGACUGAGUUCUCUGUAUCUACAGGGAGUGGCUUCCUACUGGACUGAGUUCUCUGUAUCUACAGGGAGUGGCUUCCUACUGGACUGAGUUCUCUGUAUCUACAGGGAGUGGCUUCCUACUGGACUGAGUUCUCUGUAUCUACAGGGAGUGGCUUCCUACUGGACUGAGUUCUCUGUAUCUACAGGGAGUGGCUUCCUACUGGACGGAGUUCUCUGUAUCUACAGGGAGUGGCUUCCUACUGGACGGAGUUCUCUGUAUCUACAGGGAGUGGCUUCCUACUGGACUGAGUUCUCUGUAUCUACAGGGAGUGGCUUCCCACUGGACUGAGUUUUCUGUACCAGGGAUGGACAGAAAUUAUUGCAAUUAUUAAUUUUACAUUGACAUUUUAGUCAUUUAGCAGACACUCUUAUCCAGAGUGACUUUCAAUCAGUGCAUUAGUAUCUUAAGACAGCUAGGUGAGACAACAACAUAUUACAACCGUAUCAAGUACAUUUUACCUCAACAAAGUAUUUAUCAACAUUUUUACAUAUACAUUUAUAUUUAGUUCAUUUAGCAGACACUCUUAUCACACCAUAGUGCUAUCAGACUGUUGAUACCAAUGUUGUCAUUUAGCAGACACUCUUAUCACACCAUAGUGCUAUCAGACUGUUGAUACCAAUGUUGUCAUUUAGCAGACACUCUUAUCACACCAUAGUGCUAUCAGACUGUUGAUACCAAUGUUGUCAUUUAGCAGACACUCUUAUCACACCAUAGUGCCAUCAGACUGUUGAUACCAAUGUUGUCAUUUAGCAGACACUCUUAUCACACCAUAGUGCUAUCAGACUGCUGAUACCAAUGUUGUCAUUUAGCAGACACUCUUAUCACACCAUAGUGCUAUCAGACUGUUGAUACCAAUGUUGUCAUUUAGCAGACACUCUUAUCACACCAUAGUGCUAUCAGACUGUUGAUGCCAAUGUUGUCAUUUAGCAGACACUCUUAUCACACCAUAGUGCUAUCAGACUGUUGAUACCAAUGUUGUCAUUUAGCAGACACUCUUAUCACACCAUAGUGCUAUCAGACUGUUGAUACCAAUGUUGUCAUUUAGCAGACACUCUUAUCACACCAUAGUGCUAUCAGACUGUUGAUACCAAUGUUGUCAUUUAGCAGACACUCUUAUCACACCAUAGUACUAUCAGACUGUUGAUACCAAUGUUGUCAUUUAGCAGACACUCUUAUCACACCAUAGUGCUAUCAGACUGUUGAUACCAAUGUUGUCAUUUAGCAGACACUCUUAUCACACCAUAGUGCUAUCAGACUGUUGAUACCAAUGUUGUCAUUUAGCAGACACUCUUAUCACACCAUAGUACUAUCAGACUGUUGAUACCAAUGUUGUCAUUUAGCAGACACACCAUAGUACUAUCAGACUGUUGAUACCAAUGUUGUCAUUUAGCAGACACACCAUAGUACUAUCAGACUGCUGAUACCAAUGUUGUCAUUUAGCAGACACACCGUAGUACUAUCAGACUGCUGAUACCAAUGCAGGGUGAAAGGGAGCCACAAGAUGUGAACACUAUAAAAAAUUAUAUAGAAAAGUAUUUAGUGUUUAGAAAAUACAAAAAUACAUUGGAGUGUAGUUCAGCCCAGUAUGAUUUAUAAGACAAGAUACUCAGAAGCAAUUAAAAUACGUAUUUCAAAAACAUGUAACAUAAAUACUGACUAUCUCUGCCUACUACCCAACAAUCUGUUAUACUUCCUUAUCAAGGAAACCACACCCCCUCUACAUACUGAGAACACAGUCAAGUAGGAAGCCACUCCCUCUACAUACUGAGAACUCAGCCCAGUAGGAAGCCACUCCCUGUCCUCUGGUGUAGAGUUCCAUGAAACAGAAAGUAAUCUUUGACACUGAACAGAAAGUAAUCUUCAACACUGCCAUUGCUUAACCUACGGGAGAGAGCACCAAAAUGGCAGAGAAUCAGGAACUGUUCUGUUGCUCCAUCUGUCUGGAUCUACUGAAGGAUCCGGUGACUACUGCCUGUGGACACAGUUACUGUAUGGGCUGUAUUAAAGAAAGCUGGGACCAGGAUGUUCUGAAAGGUGUCUACAGCUGUCCACAGUGCAGACAGACCUUUACCCCAAGACCUGUACUGAAGAGAAACAUCGUGCUGGCUGAAGUGGUGGAGAAACUGAAGAAGACAGGACUCCAGGCUGCUCCCCCUCCUGCUCUGUGCUAUGCUGGACCUGGAGAUGUGGCGUGUGAUUUCUGCACUGGAGCCAGAAAGCAGAAAGCCCUCAUGUCCUGUCUGGUGUGUCUGGCCUCUUACUGUGAGACUCACCUCCAACCUCACUAUGAAUUUCCUGCUUUCAAGAAGCACAAGCUGGUCAAAGCCACGGCACAACUACAGGAGAAGAUCUGCUCUCAUCAUGACAAACUACUGGAGGUUUACUGUCGUACCGAUAAGCAGUGUAUCUGUCUGCUGUGUACAAUGGAUGAACAUAAAGGCCAUGAUACAGUGUCAGCUGCAGCAGAGAGGACUGAGAAACAGAGGCAGCUGGGGAUGAGCCAGCAGAAGGUCCAGCAGAGAUUCCAGGAGAGAGAGAAGGAGCUGAAAGAGCUCCAACAGGCUGUGGAGUCUCUCAAGCACUCUGCACAGGCAGCAGUGGAGGACAGUGAUAAUAUAUUUACUGAGCUGAUCUGCUCCAUUGAGAGAAGGCGCUCUGAGGUGAAGAAGCUGAUCAGAGCCCAAGAGAAGGCUCAAGUGAGUCAAGCUGAAGGACUCCUGGAGCAACUAAAGCAGGAGAUAGCUGAGCUGAGGAAGAGAAGCACUGAGCUGGAGCAGCUCUCACACACAGAGGAUCACAUCCAUUUCCUCCAGAGUUAUCAGUCUCUCUCCAGUAUCAGUGUAUCUUCAGACUUACCCAGCAUCGUUGUCAGUCCUCUUCAGUACUUUGGAGAUGUGAGUAAGACUGUGUCUGAACUGAGAGAGAAACUAGAAGACUUCCUUAAAGGAGAAUGGACCAAGAUCUCCACUACAGUGAAUAUAGUGGAUGUUGUACUGCCUCCAGAGCCUAAGACCAGAGAACAGUUGUUACAAUAUUCCUGUCAGCUCACACUGGACCCAGACACAGCACACACACGCCUCUCUCUGUCUGAAGGGAACAGAAAGGUGACCUAUACAGGCCAAGUCCAACCAUACCCUGACCAUCCGGACAGAUUCACAAACCAUUGUCAGGUUCUGUGUAGAGAGGGUCUGUCUGGACACUGUUACUGGGAGGUGGAGUGGAGUGGGGAUGUUGAUACAGCAGUCUCCUAUAAAGAUGUCAGCAGAACAGAGAGAGAUGGUGGAUUUGGAGACAAUAAAAAGUCCUGGAGUUUAGAGUGCUCUAGUGGUGGUUAUUGUUUCAUACACAAUAAUGUUGUGACUAAAGUAUCAGGCCCUCAGUCCUCCAGAGUAGGAGUGUACCUGGAUCACAAGGCAGGUACUCUGUCCUUCUACAGUGUCUCUGACACAAUGACCCUCCUCCACAGAGUCCAGACCACAUUCACUCAGCCCCUCUAUCCUGGGUUUUAUCUCUAUAGUUAUAAUGAUACUGCUGAGCUGGUUAAACUGUAGUAGGGUCCACAUAGAUACUAGUCAUGCUGGUGUAGUCUAUAGCUGAGCUGGUUAAACUGUAAUAGGGUACACAUAGAUACUAGUCAUGCUGGUGUAGUCUAUAGCUGAGCUGGUUAAACUGUAGUAGGGUCCACAUAGAUACUAGUCAUGCUGGUGGUGAUGGCCCCCAGAUAUAAUCCCCGGAUGUGAUGAUUCAUUCUGCUCUGAUCUUCAGAAGAUGUUAUGUAUUCAUAUUUCAUAAAUUGCAUUGUUCAUUUCCAUUAAUCAUGAUGUAUGGUGUUGAUGUAUAUUGUUAGUCAUUCAGAACCAUUCUUUUUUCUCAAUUGGGUUUCUGUAGUUUUACUCAGUGGAACAGAUAGUAACUAAACAAUAUGGUCUUGUUUCCUGGACACAGAUUAAGCCUAAAGAGAAUGUUCAAUGGAGAUUAACCAGCCCUAAUUUUAUCCACCUGGUGGUCCUAUUGACCAAACAAUAAAACCAGCAGAUAUCUUGAUUUGCCACUCAGUAUAUCAGUAAUGUUCAGAAUAGUACUUUAAUAGGAAUUUCUAUUUUGAUUAUCUAGGGUGUUUAUUUCUGUUGGCCUGGUAUGGUUCGCAAUCAGAGGCAGCUGUUUAUCGUUGUCUCUGAUUGGGGAUCAUAUUUAGGCAGCCAUUUCCCCACUGUGUUUUGUGGGAUCUUGUUUUUGUGUAGUUGCCUGUGAACCGUUCAUUGACAUCACGUUUGGUUUGUUCUUUAUUGUUUUGUGCGUUUCACUUCAAUAAAUAUGUGGAACCCAUA